AUGACAUAUGCCGUGCUCGACCUCUUGAAUGCUAAAUUUUUUGAUCUCAAGUGGCCGCUGACUACUACAAUGGCUGAUCCGCUCUCGAUCACAUCAGGGAUUGCAGGAUUACUCUCACUUGGUAUUAAAGUCACCCAGUCUUUGAUCAGUUUUUACUCCACAUAUAAGGACCAAGAUAAUGAUCUGGCAAAAAUUGCACGAAACCUUGAAGACCUUCAGAAUAUCUUUGAAUCCCUGGAAACUGCAGUCCAGGAUCGCCAGUCCCAGGAUAAUGCAGAGUUACUCAAAGUAGUCAACAAGGCUAUACAAGGAUGCCAGGAAAUUAUCAAAGAGCUGCAGCAAGAGCGCCAGAAAUUCUCUAUAGGCCCAGUUGCCAAUUUAACAGGUCGCAUCCGAGUUGCCGGACGUCAUGCUGCCUAUCCAUUCCGAAAAAGUACCCUACUGAAGCUUGCAGAAGAUAUCAGUGCAAUAAGAGAAAACUUGUCACUUGCACUUGAUGUCCUGCAGCUCAAAAGCCACAGUCAAACUCAAUAUGAUCUGUCUGAAGUCAAAUCACUCCUUGAACGAAUAAAUAAGAGUCAGCUAUCUUCAACAAUUCAUAAUUGGCUCAUGGCCCCUGAUGUCUCCAUUGACCACAAUACUGCAUGUGCAAAACGGCAUUCAAGUACUGGACUAUGGUUCAUUAAUAGCGAUCAAUUUAGAAAUUGGCUGGUGGGGCACAAUUCCUUCCUCUGGAUCAAUGGCUUUGCAGGAUGUGGCAAGUCUGUUUUGUGCUCAACUGCCAUCCAGCACACAUUCCAUGAGAUGAAGGAUAAGCAUGGGAUUGGUAUUGCAUUCUUUUACUUUUCCUUCAAUGAUGAGGCAAAGCAAAACAGUCAUGGAAUGUUGUGUGCAUUGCUAUUACAGCUAUCAGUGCAGCUUCAAAAUGGUGAAAAAGACCUGGAACAGCUAUACAAGUCACAUAAAUUCGGUACCCCUCCAGUGGAUGCAUUACUGGACUCUCUUCGAAGUGUCCUUUGCCAAUUCCAUGAGGCCUUUAUUCUGCUUGAUGCAUUAGAUGAAAGCCCCCGAGAUUGUGAAAGAGAAGAUGUUUUGAGAAUAAUAGGGGCAAUACGGAAGUGGAACUUACCUGGUCUUCAUCUUUUGGUGACCAGUCGCAACCACUUUGAUAUCCAUCAGUCUCUUGAUCCUUCCCAUGGCCAGGUCCUAUCAAUGAAGAAUCCAGAGAUUGACAGAGACAUAGCUAAUUUUGUCUCUGAUCAACUCAAAUAUGACACAAAGCUUCAGAGGUGGAAAACUCGACACAUUAGGAUUCAAGAACAAUUGACAAAGAAUGCACAAGGAGUAUUUAGAUAUGUUGAAUGUCAGCUCAAGGAGCUCAGAAAGGCUAGAAACCAGAACCAGCUUGAUAUUUCUCUACGCACUCUGCCUCAGGAUCUUGAUAAAACAUAUGAGCAAAUCUUAAGCAGCAUUGACAAAACCUACAUUGAUGAUGUGCGUCGGGUUCUAACUCUACUUUGCUUCUCCACCCGACCACUCACUGUUAAUGAGCUGAUUGAGGCUCAUGCAGUUGACCUUAAUGUGCCACCACACCUUGAUCGUGAAGGCCGAGGUUAUGAACAAAAUGAUCUUAUCGACAUAUGUCUUGGGCUCAUUGAAAUUUCUAGAACAGAUGAAAGUGUGCCACCUAAGAGUGGCCAAAGUAUUUUGACUGCUCGCAUCGCGCAUUUCUCUGUCCAGGAAUACCUCCAGUCAGAACGCAUCCUACAAACAAAAGUGAAGAUAUUUGCCAUUCAAAGUGGGCCAGCAAACACAGAAAUAGCCCAGAUAUGUCUUGUCUAUCUCCUGGAGCCAAUACUGUCCAAUGGGAUAUUUGAUGCAAGGAAGAUGAAGGAAUUUCCCUUGGCUCACUUUGCUGCUCAAUACUGGUAUCACCAUUACAUAAAUUCUCAAGAAGGCAAGUCAAAGAUUGAAGAGCUAUUGCAAAGGUUAUUUCUGCAUGACACAAACUACUUCAACACCUGGAUCAGGUUAUAUGAUAUGGAUGGUCCAAAGAUCAUGAAAAAGAACUCAUAUGGAUCACCUCUAUAUUACAUAAGCUUGUUGGGAUUAGAGUCUACCUUGAGCAGCAUGAUUGCAGCAGAUGCUGAAUAUGGCCAUUUACUGGAAAUAGUGAACAACCAAGGGGGAUAUUAUGGCAAUGCCCUGCACGCUGCAUCUUUCAAAGGCUUUGACAAGGUGGUGCAGAUGCUAUUAGAUCAUGGUGCUGAUGUCAAUGCCCAAGGGGAAUAUUAUGGCAGUGCCCUGCAGGCUGCAUCUUUCAAAGGCUUUGACAAGGUGGUGCAAAUGCUACUAGAUCAUGGUGCUGAUGUCAAUGCCCAAGGGGGACGGUUUGGCAGUGCCCUGCACGCUGCAUCUUCUAGUGGCCAUGAGAAGGUGGUGCAGAUGCUACUAGAUCAUGGUGCUGAUGUCAAUGCCCAAGGGGGAUAUUAUGGCAGUGCCCUGUACACUGCAUCUUCUAGUGGCCAUGAGAAGGUGGUGCAGAUGCUACUAGAUCAUGGUGCUGAUAUUAAUUCCCAAGGGGGACGGUAUGGCAAUGCCCUGCAGGCUGCAUCUUCUAGGGGCCAUGAGAAGGUGGUGCAAAUGCUACUAGAUCAUGGUGUAAAGGGGGGCAUACGUGCGUUGUUCCCUGCGACAGGAACAGGGUUGUGAUCGAGGGAUCUCAGGAAUGGAUAUACCAAGGCGAUGCCGCUAUACCACACGGCACCGAACGAUCUUAGCAAGAAAACGAUAUAACGAUAAAAGGAAACACAACGACGAAGGAGCCUCGCUCCGCUCUAUACGACGAUAACGAUACUAGUGAAGCAACCUAGAAACCAAAAGAAUGCUCAAUUUCUCGUAACUAUCUGGGAGGGAACCCUCCAUUAAGUACUCCGGCCGCGGGCUCCACCAUACAUUAGUAUGUCGGAGUCCGCGGUUCUACGGUGUUCCAAGAUAGGAAAUAUGUGAGAUCCGGGGUUUCGCAGUGCCCCCGACACAAUGGUGCUGAUGUGAAUACCCAAGGGGGAUAUUAUGGCAAUAACCUUCUGCUGCAUUUUGAAAGGGCUAUAAAAAGAUGUGAGUAGAUUGAGAUUCCAGUGUCAAUAACCAAGGUGGAGAUCUCACCUUGUAGUAGUGCACAUCGAACUGUUGAGUGUCUUUUAGGUUAUGUUGGGCAGUCAAUACAACCAACUUGUAGCAAAGCAACAUUUACCGAUUAUUCCUGCAGCUUUAAACCCCUUUUGUAGUAGUAGUAGUAGUAGUGCUAUUUAACGUCGGUGUGGGACACGCGCUAAUCACGUGCCCGCAGGGAUCCCGGAACGGAAUAUACGACGGGCAGAGCGGAAACUGCCUAUCUGGUAGCUAAGCUAAUUCUAUCAUACAUGCUGGCAAAAACUCCCGCGGAGUUUGCCUAGGAUUCCUGGGCCAGAGCGGCGACACAUAUUCUGCGUGGGGGUGGG